UUGUCCUCUGACUUCUUCACACCGAUCACUGCUUCGCUGGCCACUCUAUUCUUUAUUCCUCUCAUAAUUAAACCCUUUGUUUUUUUCUUUUCUAAUUAAUUUUUUUACUUCAAAAAAAAAAUUAAUUCACUUUUCUGAAUCUUGAGCUUUUUUUAUUAUUUUUAAAAUUUUGAACUCUCUAUCUUCACUUCUUGUAGUAGUAGCAGUUGUUAUUGGAAUCUUAAACUUCAAAAUUGCUCAUUAAUUUCAUGCAAAAUUCUCUUCUACAUUCAUUGGAAUCUCAAACUUGAGAAUUUUAAGCACUUAACUUAAGCACUUUUGGAUAUGCUGCUUCUGAGCUCUCUCUCAUGAAUCCUUCUCCUUCAAUUUUGCUUCCUCUCAGCAGGAAAAUGUGAAAGAUGGCAGAGGUUACUAUAAGAAAACUCUCGAUGAAGUUCUACUCAUCUCCAUUGGAAGCUUUCCUUUUUAUAAUUGUAAUUCUUUCUCCUCUAGUUAUUGCUGACUUGAAUUCUGAUAAGCAAGCACUUCUUGAUUUUGUUACUUCCGUCCCUCAUCGUCGGAACCUUAAAUGGGACCUAGCUACCUCAAUAUGUACAUCUUGGAUAGGUAUCACUUGCAAUCCAAAUCUUACUCAUGUUGUUUCUGUCCGGCUCCCUGGAGUCGGACUAGUAGGCACCAUUCCAGCCAAUACACUCGGCAAAAUUGACUCGCUGAAAACUAUUAGCCUUCGCUCGAACCUACUUAGUGGAAAUCUACCUCGGGAUAUUACUUCUCUUCCGUCCCUACAAUAUCUCUACCUUCAGCAUAAUAACCUUUCUGGUGAAUUACCAACCUCGUUAUCAUCGCAACUCAGUGCACUUGUUUUGUCAUACAAUUCAUUCACAGGUAACAUUCCAAAGACAUUGCAAAACUUAACACAACUAACUCAUUUGAGCCUUGAGAACAAUUCGUUAUCUGGACCGAUACCUGAUCUCCAUGUCAAUCUCAAACAGUUGAAUUUAAGUUACAACCAUUUGAAUGGCUCUAUCCCUUCGUCUCUACAUAGUUUCUCAAGUUCGUCGUUUGAAGGGAACUCUCUUUUAUGUGGAUUACCUCUAAAGUCGUGUUCGUUAGUCCCUCCUUCAUCGGCACCUCCUCCUGCACUGGUUCCUGUAAGACAUAACUCCAAAAGUAAACUUAGUAAAGGAGCUAUCAUUGCAAUUUCUGUUGGUGGAGCUGUUCUGUUAUUUUUCUUAGUUCUUGUAAUUGUUCUUUGUUGUUUAAAGAAGAAAGAUAAUGGAAGCUCGAGAGUUGUUAAAGCAAAGGGGCCUAGUGGUGGUGGUGGAAGAACUGAAAAACCAAAAGAAGAGUUUGGAAGUGGCGUGCAAGAAUCUGAGAAAAACAAAUUGGUUUUCUUUGAGGGAUGCUCUUAUAAUUUCGAUCUCGAGGAUUUGUUGCGAGCUUCGGCCGAGGUUCUCGGAAAGGGUAGUUAUGGAACUGCAUAUAAGGCCAUCUUGGAGGAAUCAACAACAGUUGUAGUGAAAAGGCUGAAGGAAGUUGUGGUCGGAAAGAGGGAAUUUGAACAGCAGAUGGAGAUUGUUGGAAGCAUUGGAAAUCACCCGAAUGUUGUUCCACUUCGCGCUUAUUAUUAUUCGAAGGAUGAGAAGCUUUUGGUUUGUGACUAUUUCCCAAAUGGCAAUCUAUCUAUACUCUUGCAUGGUACUAGGACAGGCGGAAGAGUUACCUUAGAUUGGAACAUGCGAGUAAAAAUCACUCUCGGAAUUGCUCGGGGAAUCGCGCAUUUACAUUCAGUUGGCGGUCCAAAAUUCACACACGGGAAUGUAAAAUCCUCCAAUGUCCUCGUAAACCAAGAUAACGAUGGCUGCAUUUCUGAUUUCGGCCUGACACCAAUCAUGAACGUUCCUGCGACCCCUUCUAGAACCGCAGGCUACCGUGCUCCCGAGGUAAUCGAAACUCGAAAGCACACUCAUAAAUCAGACGUGUACAGUUUCGGUGUCCUCCUUUUAGAAAUGCUUACAGGUAAAGCGCCACAACAGUCUCCAAUACGCGAUGACAUGGUUGAUCUGCCUAGGUGGGUUCAGUCUGUUGUUAGGGAGGAAUGGACCGCCGAGGUUUUCGAUGUGGAGCUAAUGAGGUACCAAAAUAUUGAAGAAGAAAUGGUGCAAAUGUUGCAAAUUGGCAUGGCUUGCGUUGCCAAGGUUCCGGAUCUGAGGCCUAACAUGGAGGAAGUAGUGAGGAUGAUUGAAGAAAUUCGACAAUCUGACUCCGACAACCGACCGUCUUCUGACGAGAAUAAAUCCAAGGAUUUAAAUGUUCAAACACCAUGAUUAACUAUGCUGUUAUUUUUUUUCUUGUGUUACAAACAUAUUGAUUUAUUGAACUUGUUUCUUUAGGAAGUAGUAACAUUCAAUGGCACAUAAAAGUGCUUGAAACAGUUCUCUGUUAUGGAAUUACUUGAGUUAUGUUGUUCAGUUGGAAGGUUUAUAUUUGUUA